AUGCACCAAAAGAAGUAUGCUUGGGAGCUUAUCUCAGAAGUUGGAUUAGCAGGUGCUAAAAAAAAACCAAUUAUCACUCCUAUUGACACAAAUGUUAAGCUUACUUCAAAAGAUAACGAUAAGAUAGUGCAACUAAAUGGAAAAAUAGGAGAAGAUUUUGGAACUGAUCAGGCUGCUUACCAAAGACUUGUAGGAAAGUUACUGUACUUGACAGUAACAAGACCUGAUAUCUCAUUUGUUGUACAAAGUCUAAGUCAGUUUUUGCAACAACCAAAGACUUCACAUAUGGAGGUUGCUCUAAGGACCGUUAGGUAUGUCAAAAAUCAACCAGGACAAGGCUUGCUACUCUCUAGUAACUACAACAACAAAGUGACUGCUUAUUGUGAUGCAGACUGGGCUGCAUGUCCUAUAACUAGAAGGUCAGUUACAGGAUUUAUGAUCAAACUAGAUGAUUCACUAGUAUCCAGGAAAUCAAAGAAACAAACAGUGAUUUCCAUAAGUUCUGCAGAAGCAGAAUAUAGAAGUUUGGCAACAACUACUGCAGAACUAACUUGGUAA